GGAACGGUUUGAGAUCAAAAUACCAUAUUUUUUGUUCAGUAAAUAACAGAAGAAGAAAAAUUGCAACCCGUUUUCCUUUUCAAUCAUCUUCCAUACUAUAGUCAUAGCCGCCGUCGUGGCCUCCACUUUCUCCGUCUGUUCCGUCAGCGAUGCUUGCCAUUUGCUACAAGAUUCUGAAUCACAGAAAUUGAAGGCACUAGGCAGAGAAGCAGUAACUGGUUAGAGAAGACGAAAAUGGCGGCAUUGAAAGGAUUGUUGAAGAAAGGUUUAGGAGAAAUGGACUUCAACGCCGGUGGAGGACUCAUCAACUGGUUUCCAGGACACAUGGCAGCCGCCACACGUGCCAUCCGUAACCGUCUUAAACUUGCCGACCUCGUUAUCGAAGUCAGAGACGCUCGUAUCCCUAUUUCCUCCAUCAAUUCCGAUCUUCAAUCUCAUCUUUCAUUGAAACGGCGCGUCAUUGCACUCAACAAAAAAGACUUAGCUAACCCUAACAUCAUGCAUAAAUGGGUGAAUUAUUUUGAGACGUGUAAGCAAGAUUGUAUUCCUAUAAAUGCUCAUAGUAAGAGUUCUGUUACUAAGCUUCUGGAACUUGUGGAGUUGAAGUUGAAGGAAGCGAUUUUGAAGGAACCUACUUUACUUGUUAUGGUGGUUGGUGUUCCUAAUGUUGGAAAAUCUUGUUUGAUUAAUUCUAUUCAUCAAAUUGCGCAAUCUCGUUUUCCUGUGCAGGAGAAGAAUAAGCGAGCUGCUGUGGGUCCACUGCCUGGUGUUACUCAAGAUAUUGCAGGAUUUAAGAUAGCAAACAAACCGAGCAUAUACGUCCUAGAUACCCCAGGAGUUCUUGUUCCAAGUAUUUCAGACAUAGAGACGGGGUUAAAGCUUGCUCUUGCAGGGUCUGUUAAAGAUUCAGUGGUGGGUGAGGAGCGUAUUGCUCAAUACUUAUUGGCAGUUUUAGAUACCCGGGGUACUCCACUUCACUGGAAACACCUACUAAAUAACAGGAGGAUAGAUGGGAUUUCAUAUGAUGAAGAAAAUAAUCGAUAUAACUUGAAAACUCUUAAGCAAAGGAGAAGUUCGCCUAAUAGAUCUGACUUGGUAUACGUAGAGGAUAUUGUGUUGGGAGUUCAGCAUGCACUCUAUUCAACUCUAGCAGAAUUCAAUGGCAAUGUAGAAGAUGAGGGAGACUUGGAGAACCUGAUUGACGAACAGUUUGGUGCACUGCAGAAGGCAUUGAAGAUACCUCACAAGGCUUCAGAAGCACGGUUGAUGGUAUCCAAAAAGUUCCUUACUUUAUUCAGAGCUGGUAAACUAGGACCUUUUAUUCUUGACGAUGUCCCCAUCGCCAAACCUGUGUAAAAGAUAUAUAUGACUUCUUGUAUUCCACAUGUUAUGGCAAAUUUGCUGUAACUUGCAAAUAACAAUGGAUUCAGCAAUAGAUUGAGCCUACUUAUAUA